GCAGUGUCCCGUGAGCGUGGCGAGCGUGUCUUGUGGCCGGUGCGCGACUGGGCCUCUACCUGCGGACCGUGUCCCCCGCCUCGCUCACGCUCCUCUGUCGCCACAGGCUCCGCACGCACCCCUGCUGCCCCGGACGGGCCGGGGCGCGGAGGCGGUAGCAACCUUCCCUCUGCAGUCGUAGGAGAUCUCUACGCCCCGUCCCGCGACUCUCCGGGAAACUGCCCUUCGCCUCCUUCUCCCUGACCAGGAAGCCCUGAAUCCCUGAAUUCCGUUUUCAGAGCCCACUCUCCGGGCCCCUGACCUUUCUUUUCCACUCACCCCGAGACGACUGCGCCGGACCCCUCAUCCCCUUUUCUUUCACUUUCCUGCAGCGACCUGGUGGUGGGCAUCUCCCUCACUAGCGGGGUGGGGGGGGGGUGGUGGGGAAAGAAGCAUGGGGCCAGCAGGGGUCCUGGCGCCUCCGGAGGAGGAGGCUGGAAGACAAGCCGCUCUCCCAAAUUCUUCAGCGUCUCCUGUGUAAUCAACUGCCCUUUUGGAAAUUGGGCAGGGAUUGUUGCUGGAUGCCGGUGUCGCUGACUGGUCUUCAGCAUACAUACCAUGCAGAAGUAACAUGUUCCCAGCUUUGGAAACAGAGCUAAAGCAGCAGACUCUUCCUGAUCCCUAUGAAGACUUUAUGUACCAUCACCUCCAGUACUAUGGCUACUUUAAAGGGCCUACCUGUCUAUCUUCAACUGUGCACAGACAGAUAGAAGCUGUGAACAGAGAUUCCCUUAUGCUGAGUUCACCACUUCUUAAGAGCAGACAGCUUCUUCAUGAUGACCUUGGUGAAGUAAACGCACGUCCUCGAGAACCCCGAGAUCUCUUUGCUUUUUUCUCCAGCAGUGAGCCACUGCAGGCUCCAAGAUGGCCAAUAGAAUGUGAGGUCAUCAAGGAGAACAUUCAUCAUAUUGAGUGGGUUCCACCUCAACCAGAAUAUUUCUAUCAACCUACAGGAAAUGAAAAGUUACCAGAAAUUGUUGGAGAAGAAAAAGGCACAGUUGUCUAUCAAUUAGAUUCAGUGCCCUCCGAAGAUUCCUAUUUCACCAGUUCCAGAGUGGGAGGCAAACGAGGGAUUAUCAAGGAACUGGCAGUCACGUUGCAAGGACCAGAAGAUAAUACUCUGCUGUUUGAAUCAAGGUUUGAGAGUGGGAACCUGCAGAAAGCUGUUAGAGUAAACACCUAUGAGUAUGAACUCACCUUGCGAACUGACCUCUACACGAAUAAGCACACUCAGUGGUUUUAUUUUCGAGUUCAGAACACCAGGAAAGAUGUCACCUAUCGCUUCACCAUCGUCAACCUCCUGAAACCCAAGAGCCUUUACACUAUAGGGAUGAAGCCACUCAUGUAUUCCCAGUUGGAUGCCAGCACCCACAGCAUUGGCUGGAGGAGAGAAGGAGAUGAAAUCAGGUACUAUAGGAACAACACGGAUGAUGGGCAGCAGCCCUUUUACUGUCUCACAUGGACCAUUCAGUUUCCACAUGACCAGGACACUUGCUUCUUUGCACACUUCUACCCAUAUACGUACACUGACUUGCAAUGCUUCCUCCUGUCAGUGGCAAACAGCCCCGUCCAAUCUCAGUUCUGCAAACUCCGAACUUUAUGCCGGAGCCUUGCAGGAAACACCAUCUACCUGCUCACCAUCACCAACCCAGCCCGGACCCCUCAAGAGGCAGCUGCAAAGAAAGCUGUGGUCUUGACUGCCAGAGUGCACCCUGGGGAAAGUAAUGGCUCCUGGAUUAUGAAAGGCUUUUUGGACUUCAUCCUUAGCAACUCCCCAGAUGCCCAGCUCCUCAGAGAUAUUUUUAUCUUCAAAGUGGUUCCCAUGUUAAAUCCAGACGGAGUGAUCGUGGGGAAUUAUCGGUGUUCAUUGGCUGGAAGGGACUUGAACAGGCAUUAUAAAACUAUUCUGAAGGAGUCUUUCCCUUGCAUCUGGCACACCAGGAACAUGAUCAAGAGACUUCUUGAAGAAAGGGAGGUUCUCUUGUAUUGUGAUUUCCACGGCCACAGCCGUAAGAAUAAUAUCUUCCUGUACGGCUGUAAUAACAACGAUCGCAAGUUCUGGCUUCACGAGCGAGUCUUUCCUUUAAUGUUAAGCAAAAAUGCACCAGAUAAGUUCUCUUUUCAUAGUUGUAAUUUUAAAGUCCAAAAGUGCAAAGAAGGAACAGGACGAGUCGUGAUGUGGCGGAUGGGAAUCCUAAACAGCUAUACCAUGGAGUCUACCUUUGGUGGGUCCACCCUGGGCAAUAAAAGAGACACUCACUUUACCCCUGAGGAUCUAAAAUCCCUGGGUUAUCAUGUCUGUGACACCCUUCUGGAUUUCUGUGAUCCUGACAGAACCAAGUUCAUGCAGUGUCUAGCAGAGCUUAAAGAGCUCUUACAACAGGAGAUCCAUAAGAAAUUCAAUGAACUUGGACAAGAUAUGGAUUUAGAAGGAAGCUGGAGUGACAUCUCUUUGUCUGACAUUGAAUCCAGCACCAGUGGUUCUGACAGCUCCCUCUCAGAUGGUCUCCCCGUUCACCUACUGAACACAGCAGAUGAGUUGAAUCAGAAGAAGAAGAUGUAUAAGAAGAAAAGAAGGAAGCCACUUCAGUCUAGGAAACAGCGAAAUAAACAGUAUCAGAAAAGUAAUUUGAUGCAGGAGUCAAAGUUAACAGAAGAUGCCCCAGAAGGGGCAGGGUUUGCUUCUACUCUGCAAAAGCAGCCUGCUUUUUUCAAAAAUUCAGAGAAUACCAGUUCUUCAAUGAUGAAAAAUGAAAAACCAAGGUUGAAUGAGUUAAAUGGAAGAGACAAAGGCACCUCCCUGGGCCCAUCAAAAAUGACCACCUUGAUUUUGACUAAGAAUAAAGAGAGAAUGCAGAGAGAGAAGCCAGGAUUUACAGUAUCAUGCUCUCCAAAGAGAAACACAAACCCCAGCCAAGAGCCAGCUCCAGAUACGAAGCCAAACUGGUCCAGGAACAGAUAUCCUGCCACAAAGGGAGGCCGUACGACUGCGGUGGUAUACCCAUCCUUGCACAUAUACACCUACCCAUAGGGUGCCUGGGCCAUGCCACACAGGUGCUUUCUUGCUGUGUUUUGGGUUAGACACAUCUUGUAACGAAGGGAUUUGUAUGCUAGGGAAUUACGUUCAUUUGUGGUAUCCUGUGUUGUGUGUUCAUCAUGCACUGUCCUCACCCCAGGUGCUUACACUGUGUUCAUGCUCUCAAGAUGCAUACCUCACAAAUUAAAUUAUUUUUUCAUAAAAUGAAAUUUUAUUGUGAUGUAUCCAAAAGCUUCCCUUAUCAGAAAUCGAAGUGUGUGCUCGUGAAACUACAACACAGAUAUACCUCAGUUUAACCAAUAGAUAUUCUCUCUAAAAUUAUGUGCAAAUCAAUUUUAAAAGUGCAAACUCUGUUUUAAAGGUAUUCUGGGAGUUUACUAUGUUAAAAGUCUUGUGUCAAAGCUUUCUAGUGUUGAAUGAUCAGUCUCACUGGGGUAUAUCACGUUUGCUCAGGGUGAGGUGUUCCCACAUAGAGAAAACAACUCAUGUAUUACCUGGAAGUCAGUGUUGCAUAUAUUGUGUUCAGCACGGUUAUGUAAGUUUUUUAACCCAUUGAUUAAAAUUCUUUCUCCCCCA